AUGCCUGAACACAAGUAUCGACAGAAUAUUCAAGGCCCUCGAAAUAGAGGAUUCAGCCAAAGACAAGUUAAGGCGAAAAAUCAAGCACAAGAUGCACAAGCCAUUUGUGAUUUCUGUAAGGAAAAGGGCCAUACCCAUUGGCGCUGCCGAUUGCGCGAAAUUCAGGAAGAGAAAGCCAUCAUUGACUGUGAGUUUAGCAAUGAUGUCCAAAAUAGUGCAGACCUGCAGGCAAUACGACGGCAGUAUAUGGCACGUGCCGGACAUCUGCUAGUCGAGGAAAUUAUGAUCAAAGUGAAAGCAUAUGGUGAUCAACUAAAUGCACGAAUUCUUCCCGUAUCUAUUCCAGUGAUAAAUUCACACGAGUUGGUUUCCAACUACCGCGGCCUAUCUGCAAGUGCGCAACAGAAGAUAGAGAAGUAUUUGAGUGUCUAUCUGCAGAAAGGAUACAUUAGUAAUCUAACCGCCCGAUCGAACUUUUUAACGUAUCCCAUGAUAGUGCUUACUGUGGAUGGGACUUCCCUGCUUGGUCUUUAUCUUAAUGCUUUGAAUGCUCACGUAAAACCAAUAGAUAUGCCGUUGCCAACUCGGGAGUCUUUGCUAGUAGGUGCUCGGGAUAUGGAAGUCUUUUCUCGGCUUCAUUUAAAGGAGGCCAUUUACAAGAUUCCUAUUGAGGAGCAGUGCUGGCACAUGCUGGCUUUUAAGCUGGGAAAGCGGACGUAUCAGUUCAAGGUCAUGCCGCCUGGGUACAAGUACGCGAGGAAUUACUUGCACUACUCAGUGGCCCAUUCACUGAAUAGUGAUGACCAGCGGUGCACAUCGGUAUAUUUGGACCAGAUUUUAGUCUUCUCACCUACAAUUGCCCAGCAUACUAAGGAUUUAGAAAAGGUGCUAGUUGCACUUAAAGGUACGGGCUUGGAAGUUGAUAACCAGAAGUCGGUCUUUAUGGUGCCGGAGCUUGAUUUCAUUGGCACACGAGUUACACACAACUUGGUGCUUCCUAAAUCAGAUAUUGUGAAGAAGGUUUUGGCCUGUCCCACUCCAAACUGCACCACAGACAUUCGCCGCUUUCUGGGUUUAGUUGGGUAUCUUGCUCCGUACCUUGCCAAUCGAAUUGAGCUUCUGAAGCCGUUUUGUCCGUUCUUAAAACAAGAUGCGGUCUUUGCUUGGAAUAAAAGCUUCCAGGAGGCCUUUGAGGUAGCCAAAGUUGCAGUGCGCAAUAUAUCUGGUCUAUCUAUUCCCGACCAGACCGUUGCCUUUAAGGCCCAAGUUACGUUUAUGGACACGCACUGCCAAAUAAUUGUAUCUCAAUACUCGGCUGUGGUGUGCAAUAUUGAGAAAAGUCUAUCCCCUUCUCUAGCGCGGCUUCCUCUUGUCGAUAGAGAGCUGUAUGCUAUGCUGCUGACCACUUUGCGUCUCACUAGAUAUGUAGCUAAUCCUAAGAUAAUCUUCCAGAACUGUUCAGCCAUGGCUGUUAACAGGUACGUCCAGAAGAAACGGGCUGGCUCCAAAGCAAUCACUAAUCUGUACACGGCGAUCUCUAAUCUCAAGCAAUCUCAGACCGCUAUGGAUAACGUUCCCAUGCGACUAACCUUCGAUAUAACCCCUCCCAAUACUAACAUUUCCUAA